AUGCGUUUCUAUCUCGUUUGCCUUCUAUCAUUUGCUCGCUCAACAGUCCUUGCACAUCAUCCCGAAGAAUGCCCAUCCAAUUCGACACGCCACAUUCAGUACCCGACAUGCCUUGGGCUGCCGGGGGUCUAUCUCGUCAAAGCAAGCGAAGGAAAGGGUCUGGGUGUUUUUGCUGCUCAUGAUAUGGACAUAGGCGACAUCGUCAUGCGCGAGACGCCCGUCCUCAAGAUUCGUUUGCCAAAGCUGGCGAAGGGGAGCCCAUAUCCAAUGGCAGCUGUCGCUAUGCUACUCCAAGAGCAAUUUGACACCCUAUCGCUAGAGUCACAAGAGGAGGUCCUCUCUUUAACACAUCAGGCAAAAGCUGUUGACAGCAAUUCUCAAGAUACUCUGGGCACCAUCUUCCGCAACAAUGCCUACAACACCGGCGAUCAGGUCGGCCUAUUCCCCAAAAUCGCUCGCAUCAACCACUCAUGCCGGCCAAACACUAGCUACUACUGGAGCGAAAAGCUAAACAAGCGCAUCGUCUACGCGACACGCAAGAUCAAGGCAGGGGAAGAAUUCUUCGUGUCUUACAUCUCCCUGUUGCUCAGUCGGGAAGAUCGCCAAAAGCAGCUUGAUCGAUAUGGCUUCCAGUGCCACUGUGAAGCAUGUGCACAUGAGCGAGCCGCUCAGAUAGCUAGCGACAAUCGCCGCAUCACCAUCAAAAACGCAUUCUCCAAGUUCGAACCGCAAAUGGUGCUGAUGGCGCCACAGUCCAAGGCCGGGAAGCGUCAGGCGCAAAAGGACGCUGAGGUGAGCGUUCAACUUGCCGGACUAGUAGAGGAGGAAGGACUUGCCGACUACUAUGCCAAAGCCUACAGAAUUGCCGCUAUAAGCCAUGCCAGAGUGGAAGAUUGGGCGACCGCUGCGAGAUGGGCGAACCGAGCCUACGAAAUACGUUACAUGGAGGAUCCGGACUCGAAGAGCACCAACAUGAGUCUAUCGCAAAUUACGCCCAGCAUGUCCAAGCAGAGACUCAUCGACCGCGACGAGCGAACUCGCAAAAAGCCAAUGCGCAUCCUCGUUCUGGGAAUGUGUCGUACGGGAACAACCACUAUCGCAGUCGCACUCCGUAAACUUGGCUAUACCUCGCAUCAGAUGCGCGAUGUGCUUGCCAAACCUUCUGAACUCGCGCUGUGGGAAGAAGCUGUCAACGUCACCCUGUUACCGCCCCAAGAACGGCCUUCAAAUCAACAGAAGAUGGAACCGUAUGGCAAGGAAGAGUUUGACAAACUAUUGGCCGACUACGAUGUCGUUAUGGAUCUACCCAGUUGUGUGUUCGCAACGGAACUGGUGAAGGCCUACCCACAAGCCAAGGUCAUCCUGACGAAGAGGCGGUACGAAGACUGGGAACAAAGCAUGCAAGACAGUAUAUGGUGUCUUGAUACAUGGCGGCUAUUCACUCUCUGCCGUCAACUCAACAUCACACAGUUGGCCCCAUUAAUGCGACUGGUACAUGCCAUAUUCCAGGUGCACAACGGUAACCAAUACGGUGGCCAGGCAGCGAAAUCGGCAUUCAACCAGCAUUACGACACUGUACGCUCGUUGGUACCUCAAAGUCAAUUACUGGAGCUCGACACUGACGGAGAACUGAAAUGGGAGCCCCUCUGCGAGUUCUUGGGCAAAGCGGUACCGAAGGAGGGUUUUCCGAAAACCAGCGAAGACAAGGCCAUGCGCAAAGGUCUUGAGAAUGCAUGGUGGGGCAUGGUUCAAUACUUUGUCAUGUUGAUCCUUCUUCCGGGGCUUGUCGUGGUUGGAUCCGCCAUGUUGUACACAUAUGCGGAUGAGGUGAGGGCGUAUCGAGAUGGUUGGUUAAUGGUCGCAAAGAAGUACAUGGAAACGGGAGAGUUGUAA